AUGUCCAACAGCAGCUCCAUCAGCCACUUCCUCCUGCUGCCAUUGGCAGACACACGGCACCUGCAGCUCCUGCACUUCUGCCUCUUCCUGGGCAUCUCCCUGGCUGCCCUCCUGGCCAACGGCCUCAUCAUCAGCGCCGUAGCCUGCGGCCACCUCCUGCACACGCCCAUGUUCUUCUUCCUGCUCAACCUGGCCCUCACCGACCUGGGCUCCAUCUGCACCACUGUCCCCAAAGCCAUGCACAAUUCCCUCUGGGACACCAGGAACAUCUCCUACACAGGAUGUGCUGCACACCUCUUUUUCUUUGCCUUUUUUAUAUCAGCAGAAUAUUCUCUCCUGACCAUCAUGUGCUACGACCGCUACGUGUCCAUCUGCAAACCCCUGCACUACGGGACCCUCCUGGGCAGCAGAGCUUGUGCCCACAUGGCAGCAGCUGCCUGGGCCAGUGGCUUUCUCAAUGCUCUGCUGCACACAGCCAAUACAUUUUCUCUGCCCCUAUGCCAGGGCAAUGCCCUGGGCCAGUUCUUCUGUGAAAUCCCACACAUCCUCAAGCUCUCCUGCUCACACUCCAAACUCAGGGAACUUGGGCUCAUUGUCCUAAGUGCUUCUCUAUAUUUCAGCUGUUUUGUGUUCAUUUUUUUCUCCUAUGUGCAGAUCUUGAGGGCCGUGCUGAGGAUCCCCUCUGAGCAGGGACGGCACAAAGCCUUUUCUACCUGCCUCCCUCACCUGGCUGUGCUCUCCCUGUUUCUCAGCACUGGCUUUGUUACCUACCUAAAGCCCCCCUCCAUUUCCUCCCCAUCUCUGGAUCUGGUUGUGUCAGUUCUGUACUCGGUGGUGCCUCCAGUCUUGAACCCCCUCAUCUACAGCCUGAGGAACCAGGAGCUCAAGGCUGCAGUGUGGUUCCUCCUGGGGGAAUGUCUGUUGGAGGUACUCAAAACGGAAUAUGAUGACGAGUUUGCACGAUUGUUGGUGCAGUGGAAAUUAUUUGAAGGGGCCGUGUUGAGGUCAACCCCCCCAAGCUCGCAGACCUCACGGGCUGCCUCCCCCAUUUCGAAGCAGGACAGGGGGCUGGAGGAGAGCAGGAUCGUUACAUCAGACUCAGAAGUGUUGGUGGAGGAGGGCGUCCCGGGGGCACAGGCCCCACUGUUGUUUGACCAGGAUUCGGUCACUGUGUGGUUUCUGUGCUGCGGCACGUCCAUCAUCUAUCCGAUGGAGGCAGGACAGCUGACUGCUGUGGUUGAGAAGCAGAUGGUUGAGGCCUGUGUGAGGGUAACCCCUUCCAGCCAACAGAUGGUUGCCAUAGCUACAGCUGUACAGCCAGCUGUGGCUACGGUUGUCCAACUGACAGUGGCUACGGCGGUCCAACCAGCCAUGCCCACAGCCGUGCAACUGGCUGUGGCUGCUGCUGUGCAGCCUGCUUAG